AUGAGUGUUCGGGUCGUUGCACGUGUGCGACCACUUCUCAAGUCUGAACGCGACUUCGAUGUCAUUCUUCGCACAGGUGCCUCGACAAGCGCGGCGGAGGUCAAGUCGCGCGAAUCCUCAGUUGAAGAUCGCAAGUCAGCUGCGCUGAAGGACCGGGAUAGUAUUGUUCGGAUUCCCAACCCAAAGAACGAAGGCGAGGAGUACUCGUUUCAGUUCAAUGCGGUGUACGAUGCGGAUGUCACACAGCAGGAGCUGUUCGAUGCAGAGGUGUCUCCCACGAUCAAGCACCUCUUCAAUGGAUUCGAUGUCACCUUGUUUGCCUACGGCGUCACCGGAACCGGCAAGACGCAUACGAUGCGCGGCGGUAAAAGCCUCGCCGAGCGAGGUGUGAUCCCCCGACUCCUGAGUGGUAUUUACAGACGAAGCCGGAAGAUGGAGAAGGAUAGCGAUGGCGAGACCAGUGUGCAGGUGUCAUUGAGCUAUUACGAGAUAUAUAACGACAAGGUCUUUGACCUAUUCGAGCCACCUGAGAAACGCACGCUGGCGGGGCUGCCGUUGCGAGACAACGGAGGCAAGACUGUUGUCUGUGGGCUGACAGAGAAGCCCUGUACGAGUUUGAAGGAGUUUGAGAGUCUAUAUGAUCAGGCCAACACUAACCGCUCGACGUCUGCGACAAAGCUUAAUGCGCACUCUUCCCGAUCCCACGCGAUUCUUGGAGUCAAAAUCACAAUCACGACACCAGAAAAGACUCGCAUUAGUACCGCCUCCGCGAUCGACCUCGCGGGUUCGGAGGAUAAUCGACGGACGGAGAAUGACAAGGAGCGAAUGGUCGAGUCGGCAAGCAUCAACAAAAGCCUCUUCGUUCUCGCCCAAUGUGUGGAGGCCAUCACGAAGAAACAGGCUCGCAUUCCGUACCGCGAGUCGAAGAUGACUCGAAUCCUUUCUUUAGGCCAGAACAACGGUCUCACCAUCAUGAUCCUGAACUUGGCCCCCGUGCGAUCCUACCAUCUGGACACGCUCAGCUCCCUCAACGUUGCCAACCGCACCAGAAAGAUCGAGGUGCGCGAAGUCGAGAACGAUCCGAUCUUCAAAGGACCUGUGCGGCCGGCAAUGCGCCCGUCACUGGCUGCGACGCGAAAACCGCUGCAACCGCUGACUGCUUCAGUUCAUGUGAACAUGCCCGUGGCCGCGAGCAAAGACCCUGCCAAGAAGGAGGAGGAGAAACCUCUCAAGCUAUUCAGUGUCUACUCCGACCGCACGCAAAUAAAGGCCGUUACGCAACUUCGCAAACCUGAAGUUUUGAAGAAGUCGUCCCUCUCCGGGGAACCGCAUGCGAUUCGCACGAUCAAGCCGCCUCGACCUAGUUACGCCCCUUCUCAGCUCAAUUACGGCGAUAUCUCCGCGGCGAAGAUCGAGGAAAUGGUCGAGAAAAAGGUCGAAGAGAUUCUGGCAGUGCGAGCGAUGAGCGAGAAAUCGCGCCACACUCAGGUGCACGAGUUGAAUGAACGCCUCCAACGUCGACUCGAACAGCUCGAGCAGCGGAUAGAAGGGACGGAAGACGCUCGCGCCGAGGGUCUUUCCUACUUGCUCAUGGCCAAACAACAUCAGGCCCGUGGCGAACUCAGUUCGGCCCUGAAGAUGUAUCAACUUGCGCUACCGCAUUUCCCACACAACGAGAAACUCGUGUCCAAGAUCGCGAAUUUGAAAGAGCGGAUGCAAGGAAAGGCGAUUUCUCGACCAUCGAUGGCUCAGGUCUCACCUCCCGAGGGACGACUCGGAAGCAUGCUCAGCUUGAAGAAGGAGCCAACUGUGACAUUAGGCAAGCGUCAAGCAGCUGAUCUCGACACCGACAUGACGGAUGCACUCGACGGCGAUGACCAUGCCAUGAGUGACGAGGACAGCACCCUCCCGCAAGCGAAAAAACGAGCAACGUCCAAAGCCCUCGAAUGCCACGAUGGGGACUUGAGCGCGCUGGACGACUACCAAGAUCCAGCGGUCUCUCCACGGACCGUGCGCCUCUUGUCCAUCAUCAACUCGCGCGAUGUGAGCCAGAUCAAGUUACUGAAAGGAGUUGGCGCCAAAAAGGCCGAGGCUAUAGUCGACUGUCUCUGUGAGAUGGAUGAGACGAUGGGCUGCAAUGAAGAUUCCACCGAUGAGUCGUCGGCUUUUCAAGUGAGCAGCCUCGCUGAGCUGAGUACCCUGAAGGGUGUUGGUAUUCGGACCGUGGAGAAUAUGCGGAAUGGGGUCGUUGCUUAA